AUGACUGAUCAUUUCCCGCAUGGCGACUGUAGCUGCCAUUUAUCAUCGAAUAUAAGCAACAGUGUCUAUGAAACACUCGAUGAGCUUGCUUUUCGUCGUGGUCUUUGGUCUUCUGCACAACAAAAUGAUAUUGAUGAAGCUCGGGAACGAUUAAAAUCGGCAAAUCCUAAAACUAUCAAUCAAUGCGAUUCAAGUGGUUAUACACCGUUACAUUAUUCUGUUCGUUUUCAACCGGCAGAUAUUUGUCGUUUACUACUUGAACAUGGUGCUGAUCCUAAUUGUCAAACGCGAGCGUCGAAAUCAACACCCUUGCAUCGAGCUAUUACGUUCAAUAACAUUGAUGCUGUUCGUCAUUUACUUCAUUAUAAAGCUGAUUUGACUCUGAAAGAUAUUGACGAACAGACACCAAUAGAAAAAGCUAUGGCAAUAAAUAGUGACAUAGCGAAUAUUCUUCUUGAAUCGCAGCAAUCAAAUUGA